AUGGGCCCUCUGAGGCCCUGGGGACUCCUCGGAGUCGUCACCCACUCGGCCCAUCGGCGCCGGACUGCCAUCGUCCGGGCAGAGGAGUACACUCCUCGGUACAGGAAGCCGGCGGCAGGAGGAGCGGUAAACGUGCUCGCCAGCGGGCUGAGGAGAACAGGAACGCCUGAUUUUUUGGCCGCGCCAACAAGAUCAAGCAGUCCUCUGCCUUUGCUGAUACAGAUGGCAGACGGACGCUUGGCGGACUUUUGCAGCAAGACCUUCAAGCGCCAGGCACGGCCAGGCACCAGCCAAAAUCUGAAUGCCGUAAGGUCAUAUCUUCGGCCUUACAUCGCCCUUCAGUGCUCAACGAGUAUGGAACUAUCCGACACAUCAUCCGACGGUAGCCCAGCACCCGUUCAUCGAAACUCCGAGCGCGAUUCCGAGUCCCCGACCGGCCGAAUUCCCCCUUCGGACCAAGGAACCUCCAGGGGCGAAUAUGCGAGUUACAGGCGGCUCAUCCAGCUUUCUUCCGACGAGGAUGAGGAUGAUGAACCCACGUCCGGGACUGUUGCGGCAGCGAAGGAGCUGAAGAAGGCCGUGAGGGAGUUGAGGGAGGCGUAUCCGCUCCAUGCGGCCGCUACGCCGGCGGAGGGAGAAGGGCACGAGGAAGUUGAGGCAGAGGAGUCGAGCACGCUUGUCAGAGGGCCGGAGGAGGCGGACGUGGCGCUCAGAGCUGUGAUGAGUCUCGACGAGGUGGAGCGGAAGCAGCGGAAAAAGGUGGGAAAGGUGGAUUGGAAGGCUGUCAAAGCUGCUUCAAAGCAGAACCUGCCAUACCCAGGCAAGGCGAUGGAGAGAGCCUCUGCAUUGAAUACAGCUGAGCCUAGCAGUCAACCUAGAGCUGCUAAAGCGAUGACUGGACUACGCGAUGCUCUGUGCCCGGCCCAGCCGCCUGUCCGGCCUGCACCCGAUAUCUUCACCCAUCGAAUCCAGCUUGUCCGCGCUGCUCAUCGAAAGGCGAUGGAGCUGGACGCGGAGGUGGAUUAUCUGCAGCCGUACAAGCUGUACAAGCCGAAGAAAAAGCGCGAUAGGAGCAAGAAGAAGGCAGCAACAUCAUCGGGAUCUCCGGCGGAGACAGCUGCGGGCCCAGAAGCUGGUCCGAAGCCGGCCACGAAGAAGCGGAAGAUCCAGACAGAGCACGCUGAAGCAAGCGAAGUUGGCGCAGCGCUCGGCUCGGUAGCGGACACCACUUCGCCUGGUGCAGAGCCCGAGCCAAGGAAGAAGAAGACGAAGCAGCGGUAA